UAUUACGAGGUUUUGGUUUCAAAGUUAUCUGAAUGCUAUAAAACAUAAGCUUUUAUUUAACAAAAAGUUUGAACAAAAUCAUCAAUCAAUCGAAUUGUUACUAAGGCAGUCCGAAACGUGCUCCACCCUAAUGCCACUCUGAGUUCCAACGCAUCACAAACAUAUUAACCGAGGCUGGCAAAAUUUCUUCAAUCAAAACUGUGUGCUAUGGCUGUCAGUAGCGAAUCAGAUUUCCUACAGUUAUUAAAGUAACAUCUUUCCAGAAUAUUUUCAGAAUGAAGAGAAUUUUAAUCAUAUUAUUUAUACUUGUUUCAUGUUACGGCAUCGUAAAGUCGUUUAUUUUAAUACCAAGCGAAAAUGAUGAAACUACAAUUGUCGAUUUAAGUUGGCCUGCUGAUGCUGGUGCGAUUGGAAAACUGCCUGACAAGAGAUAUUUCUUUUUAAUUGCCGCCAAGGUGGACAUACUUCCAAUUAAUAUUACGGAUCAUUUUAAAGCAUGCAUAAGUUUAAAUUUUCAACAUGGAUUUGUAAGGAAUGUUCACUUAAGCCCUAAAUUAUGGAGAAUAAGAGUAUUUAGGACAUCCACUGAGAAUGUGUUAAUUGAGCAAGGAAUGGACUACGAGUUGGAACUGCUACAAUGCCAUGAAACUAAUCUGACUCGUAUUCCAGAAAACAUCAAUCAGCUUAAAAAAUUGAGAUAUUUAGAACUUCCUGGUAACUCUAUAGAAACAGUUCUACUGGACCAGCUUGAUAGUUUGAAUAGUUUGUAUGCUGUUGAUUUAUCUUUCAAUAAAAUAAAACACAUUUCCUGUCUUGGUUCGGUGAGGGUACCUUCACUCUCUGAUUUACAUCUUGAAUCUAAUCGAUUGAACCAUGUUGACGUAUGUGGUUGGGACAUGCCUUUGCUUUCCAAGCUCAUGCUUGAUCGUAAUAAUUUGACACAUUUUGCUAUCAAUCAUUUCCGCAAGCUAAAAACGGUAUCCAUUUAUAAAAACCCACUGAACUGUGUCUGGAAAUAUAGUUUUCUGCAAAAUAGAAAAGAUGUUCAAUAUAUUGGAGAACUUUCUUGCGACGAAAAAAGCGCGGGUGUCCCCAUCUUGGAUUGUCGACCAUCAAAUGAUCAGUUGCAGCAGCAGAUUUUAGAUAUGAACAAGAGAUUACAAAAGAUGGAAGCGCUUCUGGAAAAACUCGGUUCAAGGAUCAUUGAACAACAAAAUGUCUCAAACGACAUAAUCGAGGCUAUGUAUAGAAUGGAAAUCGAGAGAGCGUCCCACGCCAAUAAGACGGUAUGAUCUUUUUUAGUACAAGUGAAUUGGAUGUAUGUAGAUUAAGCUAUUCCAAUAAACAUCGCACCUA